GCUGUGGGGGGAACCCUGACCUCCCUUCUCCGUGUCGACGAUCGGUGGGGGUCGCCACCAGGCAAGUUAGCUCACCAGUGGGCGCCGCAGGCCGAGAUGCUACUCCGGGACCUGGUGCUGCGCCAUGGCUGCUGCUGGCCCUCACUUCUGCUGCACUGUGCGCUGCACCCACUCUGGGGUUUAGUUCAGGUGACACAUGCUGAGCCCCAGAAGUCUUGCUCUAAGGUGACUGACAGCUGCCAACACAUCUGCCAGUGCCGGCCCCCACCCCCUCUUCCCCCUCCACCCCCACCUCCGCCACCUCCCAGACUACUCUCCGCCCCAGCUCCCAACUCUACCUCCUGCCCUGCGGAGGACAGCUGGUGGUCUGGUCUGGUGAUCAUUGUCGCGGUGGUCUGUGCCUCCCUGGUGUUUCUGACUGUCCUGGUCAUCAUUUGCUACAAAGCCAUAAAGAGGAAACCACUGAGAAAGGAUGAGAAUGGCACCAGUGUCGCUGAGUACCCCAUGAGCUCCUCACAGAGUCACAAAGGGGUGGAUGUGAACGCUGCAGUGGUGUGAACCUGCAGGCCCUGGGACCCACUGGCCAGAAGGGCACCGUGGUGACACUGGUGGACAUGGAUGGCAGGUGGACAUGAGCUGACCCUGGGCCUGUCCAGGACUUCGUGCUUCACGGGCCUCGAGCCUCCUGAAAGAGAAAGCAUCCUCUUCCCAGGCUAGCCCUGGUCACCCCCGAGGGGUGCAACACCGACAUCAGGCUUGAGCCAGGCUCCCCUGCAUGUGGCCCCUGAGCAGCACCACCACCCAGGGAUCUUCAUACUCUCCUUGUCUCGCAUUGGGCACACCGACUGUCACCAGUUGCUACUGAAAGCAUGUAUUCCAAUGAAAGUGGAGGGUCUGUC